CUGAUGCGCCUCCUGUCCUGCCAGCUGCACUUCACUCUCAGAUGCUGCUGUUCAUCCUGAAACACGAAUGAAGCCAUGCAAAAAGUGCUUUUUACUUUUUUUGAGCGCAGGAGAAGCAGACGAUAAAACCAAACUAAACCAAUUCAUCUGUGUCCGUCCCAUCAAAAGUUGGAAUAGUUUUGAAUUGGGUGAGAGAUCAGCCGUGAAAGUCUCCUCUCAGUAGCAGCAUGAGCUCUCCACCUCACAGUGCAGCGACAGAGCCUUCGUGGACUACUGGACCUUCAGAACUGGAGAUGAGCGAAGCUCUGCACAUGCGAAAUGACAGUGUGCGGUUCGGAAUGAGUUCCACGGCGUCUGCGGAGCCGGCAGUGAUCACUCAACGCCACGCAUCUCACCUCCAUCCCCGCAUGUCCGUGUACAGCGCCACCCGUCCCACACUCUCUAGAUCCUUCUUUCAAGGACGUGUAUAUAAUUUCUUGGAGAGACCAUCGGGUUGGAAAUGCUUUGUGUAUCAUUUUACAGUAUUCCUCAUUGUGCUUUCUUGCCUGAUCCUCAGUGUGCUGUCCACCAUUGAUGAGUAUCAAUCACUGGCUAAUAAAACACUAUUCUGGGUGGCAGUAUAAGUAGCAAAUAGGCAUAAUGCAAAGGGAUCAUUGACUACACUGGACGUGUGGCAUGAAGCUCUAGAACUUUGACCCAAAAGCAAGCUAGUGUUUUUGAAGAUGGCAGUGGAAAUGUUCACAUUUGCAUGCUACUCAUUGUUUACCUUGUUCUCCAUAGUGUUCACUGCCCUUGGUUUUGUCCAGAAGAGGGCAGCAGUUUAUCACUUUUCAUGUUUGUUUUGAUGCGGUGGCUUUACAUUUUUUGGUAAUGCCCUUUUUGAAACUAGAACAACCUUUGCCCCAUCUAAUGUAGGAAAAAGUAACACUCAUGUAAUUUAUCACAAGAGCAUAUUAAAGGGAAAGUCCACCCAAAAAAAAAAAACAU